UCGGCGCCGGGGGUGAGCGUUCGGCAGAGGCGCGCGCCAUAAGAAGAGCGUCGCGCGCGGAGCCUGGCUUAGGUCGCCGAAUGCUGCGGGGGGACAUGGCGAGCUGGGCGGGACUCGGGCGCGCGCUGAGCGCCUGCUGCCUCCUGGGCCUCUUCUGCAGCGCCGCGCUGCCCUUCUCGCUGCAGGGCGCGAACGAGAAAGCCAUCAUCAACGAGAGACCCAUCAUCGGAAUAUUAGCACAGGAAACUGACUUUAAAAGCUUCCAAAAAUAUGGAAGUUCUUACAUUGGGGCUUCGUAUGUGAAGUUUAUUGAAUCUGCUGGAGCCCGGGUAGUACCAAUCAGACUGAAUCGUUCAGAUGAAGAAUAUGAUAAGAUUUUCAGUUCUAUCAAUGGGAUUCUCUAUCCCGGAGGUAGUGUUAGCCUUGAGACUUCUGAAUUUGCCAGAGUUGCAAAGAUAUUCUACAAUAAAGCACUAGAGGCUAAUGAUAGAGGGGACUAUUUUCCUGUGUGGGGGACAUGCCUGGGACACCAGCUGCUUAGUGUCCUCACUUGCGGGGAAGACCUGCUCACCUGGACUAAUACGGAUGGCUUUGCAUUGCCGCUGAACUUUACUCCAGAUGCCAAAAACAGUGGAAUAUUCCAGGAUUUUCCUGCUGAUUUGUUGCAACAGAUGGCUUCUGAACCCUUGACAUCAAACUUCCACUUCUGGAGCCUUUCUGUGCAGAAUUUUACAAAUAAUGAGAAGUUGCGCAACUUCUAUAAGAUCUUAACAACUAAUGUUCAUAACAACGUGGACUUCAUAUCUACCAUGGAAGCUCACAGAUACCCUGUGUAUGGCGUCCAAUGGCAUCCCGAAAAAAACCCAUAUGAAUGGAAGAACUCAACAGGCAUUCCACAUUCCAAGGCAGCUGUAAAAGUCACAUACUACAUUGCUGACUUCUUAGUCAGUGAAGCCCGGAAGAGCAACCACCGUUUUCCCAACAAAAGUGAGGAGACCAACGCACUGAUCUAUAAUUUUAACCCCGUUUUCACAGGGCCAUUUUCCUCCUUUGAUCAAGCUUAUUUCUUUGAUUAAAUUUCCAGCCAGAAAUAGGGGAGAGGCGGUCUUAGAAAUGAGGUAGCUGUGGCAUCUUUCGGGAUUAAACACACACAGUGAAUUAUGAAGAGCCAAGAUGACAAGAUUGCUUACAAGCUCCUUCUAAUUUUUCCAGUCCUCUCUGUUGAAUUGCAUUUUUUUUUGUUCUGCUGUGGCACAAUCAGCCGACAAGUACCCCUUUGAAAACCCUCUUGAAGUCCAUGUGUCUCAAAUUAGUAAUUCAGUGUGAGGACAACAGCUGCAACCCUUACACAAGUUUUGUGAAACUUAUUAGGACUCUCUCCCACCUUUCAGACACCAUGAAACUCAAGACGCUUUUCCUCACCUUAUGUACAGCAUUGAUGCGCGGUAAAUGCUCUAAGCCUGUUUGCAGAUGGGUCUUGUAAUUGUAACUGCUAGCACUUUUUAAUCCACAUGACAGAGAAAUGUUAAGUCCUCUUUUUGUGCACCAGUGUGAAUUUUAAAACCUUAUUUAUUUGAAAAUAUUGAAGAUGCCAGUCUUCAUGUGACUUGAAGCAAAUGAAUGUUCAUUAUGAUCAGAGAAUCUGUUUCUGUUCAUAUUAAACUGUAUUAUUACUGGUUUGAUAUAAACAUGUGCAGGUAAUCAACCUUUCAUAAAGGACAGGAUUCCCCUUGAAAGUACAUAAAGGAUUCCUGUUUGUCUUUCCUUUUCCCCCGGCUCCCCAAAUUCAGCAUAGACUAAUCUCCUUUACUUUCUCUUUCUCUUCCUUUACUUUCUCUUUGUGCUUUAAAUCAUGCUGCUUUUCCAGGUCUGGAUUGGACACUCUCACCCACGGCACUGAUCAAGAUACCUCCUUCUCUCCUGUUUCCCUUCUUAAGGUCUACUUGAGGAAACAAUCUGAAUGUUCCCUGAAAAAACAUUAUCUUUUUUAAAAAACCACGUUUUAUUUCUUGCUCUUCCUUCAGAGAACUUGAGCCUUGGGGUUCCCACUGAACAGGUCCCUGCCACAUUCAUUUAAAGGAUUUUUAUACAGCCUUUGAUGUAGCAUUCCAAGCCAGUGUAUGA